CACCGCACGCACCCACUCACGCAGCAUUUUCUUUCGGCCUGACUUCAGCUCGGAUGCAGCGGUGUAUAUCCCGUCACACUCUCCGCCAGCACCUCUUCCCUCGUACUGUCCCCCAACACAGCAUUCGGCGUCACAGCGGCAGCAUGCCCACGACGCGCUCUGCCAAGGCGAAGAGCAUAAGUCACCAAGAACGCACCUCGAGCGAACCGCGCAACAAUGAACUCCACAAGGCCACGGUCGGUCAGGUGACGGGCGUCAACGACCGCAUCAAGACGUUCAGGUUCAACAUUGUGGAUAAGAACGGCUUCAACGUACUGUCGGCUCCUUUCCCAUCUCCGCUUUCGACACGCGCUGAUGGCUGAGGCAAGUUCCUCCCAGGCCAAUGGCUCGACGUCUUCGUGCCUGACAUGGAGAAAGUCGGUGGCUUUACCAUUACAUCCUCGCCUAAAGACGCUCUGCCUCAGAGCGACCCCGACCACGCGCCCUUCUUCGAGCUCGCCAUACAAAAGAGCCCGGACAACCCGCCGGCAGCAUGGCUGUGGCAGCCAGUGGAAGAGAUACAGGGCAAGGAGAUCACGGUGCGCGUAGGCGGCAGCUUCGUGUUUCCGCCGCCCGGUGUGAACAUGGAGCGACCAAAGAUCAAGCGCGCCAUUUUCAUUGCAGGUGGUGUAGGCAUCAACCCUAUGAUGUCGAUGAUGUGCUAUAUCAAUCAGAACUACCGCAACCUUGAAGUGCGCCUCCUCUACUCGACCAAGGUGCCCUCGAAAGAGACCAGUCAGGAGGAAGUCCUUUUCCUGCCACAGAUCAUCGACUUGUUCCGGAUACCACGCUCCGAGUCAACCAAGGACCGCAUCGAACUGUUCUUCACAGGCACAUGGGACGGUUCCGAGGUAAACCAGAGCAACGACCAGCCGAUUCAACCGCUCAUGUCAUUGACAUUACCAAACCUCGACUCUGCGACUGAAGUACCUGUAAUUGCAUGGACACACCGCAUCAAUGACAUUGCGCUGUCGAGUGCAGUCGGCAGUAAGGAAGAGGCCAAGCACACGGUCUUUUACGUAUGCGGGCCUCCCACCAUGACCGACGAGAUCGUCCAAUAUCUGAAGGAUCAAGACAACGUCGCGCCUGAGCGCGUCCUGUGCGAAAAGUGGUGGUAAGAGCCAAAAUAUGCGUAUGUAUUCCUUCCUGUCGUCCCUCAGCCCGAGCGCGUUGUCUUUUCAGUACAUAGCCGCCUUGCCCUGCAGCAGAUUUGGCAACAUUCGAUGUCCAGCAUCACAGUAGAUAGUCAGUCGAGUGUCACUUCACUCUUGGAUAUGCACAUCUUCAAUCGCAGAUCGAUCGUCGCAACAAGUAUCGUCGCGAUUCGAUACUCACACACUUAACCCGCAUUUACGCG